CUUUAUAAGUCUCAUUAGCAAGUGACGGAAAAAACGGUCACUGCCCAUUAAUUUCCCUUUAUUUCUUCUCUGCCCAUUUCCCAAAACCAGACACUAUGACUAGUACUAUUGAACAACCUCAAAACUCUGAAACUGAUAGUACCUCAAAUUCACCAUCACCACCAUCACAAUCCCAAAAAAUCAAACGCCUCAGAGACACUAACAAGCAUCCGGUAUACCGUGGGGUCCGAAUGCGUAAUUGGGGUAAAUGGGUGUCUGAAAUCCGCGAGCCGAGGAAAAAAUCCCGAAUAUGGCUCGGCACAUUUCCUACGCCGGAAAUGGCUGCUCGAGCUCACGACGUAGCUGCUCUUAGUAUAAAAGGAAGCGGCGCCAUUCUCAAUUUCCCUGAAUUGGCUAACUCGCUCCCGAGACCUACCUCGCUAGCUCCUCGUGAUGUUCAAGCCGCCGCAACCAAAGCCGCUCACAUGGAGUUUCCUUCUUCAACAAACUCCUAUGAAUUGAGUGAAAUAACUGAACUACCUCGGUUGGGAAAUUGCGGAGAUUUUGAGAAAGAGUUUGUGUUUAUGGAUUCUAUUGAUGCUUCUUGGAUGUUUCAACCUCCUUGCUUGCACACCAUGGAAGAUGUGAUUUGGAAUGGAGUUUAUAAUAACUAUAGCUAGUUACUUUUCAGAUGAGUUUGUUACAAUUAUUACUACAAAAAAAAUCUUCAUUUCUUUUGUAGUUUCAUUUGUUUCUAUGAAUGUGGUCAUGUCUUUUGUUAAUGUUCUGUUCUCUAGCUAUUCUUGUCUUGUUUUGUAUAAAUUUAUGUAUGUUUUGGUGUGUCUAUGCUGCAGCCACUUGUUGUUUUUCUGUUAUGAGUGAGUAUGCUGCUGUAUCAUGUUGUGUUUUUCUUGUUUCAUCCUCUCAAUUAAUUUGUAAUUAUUAUGGUUAAUAAAAUUAAAAUAAGAGAGGAAGAAAGUGGUAAAUAAUGAAUUUGAUUUGAGUUAUUAA